AUGGCCCAGUGCAGGCAGGGGUACACAGAUGUGCACCUGACCAAGACCCAAAACCAGGACCUCCCCCAAGACCAGGACCUCCCCCAAGACCAGGACCUCCCCCAAGACCAGCACCUCCCCCAAGACCAGCACCGCCCCAAAGACCAGGACCGCCCCCAAGAACAUCACCUCCUCCAAGACCAUCACGUCCUCCAAGACCAUCACCUCCCCCAAGACCAUCACCUCCUCCAAGACCAUCACCUCCCCCAAGACCAUCACCUCCUCCAAGAACAUCACCUCCCCCAAGACCAUCACCUCCCCCAAGACCAUCACCUCCCCCAAGAACAUCACCUCCCCCAAGACCAUCACCUCCUCCAAAAACAUCACCUUCCCAAAGACCAUCACCUCCCCCAAGAACAUCACCUCUCCCAAGACCGUCACCUCCCCCAAGACCGUCACGUCCCCCAAGACCAUCACCUCCCCCACGACCAGGACCACCCCCAAGAACAUCACCUCUCCCAAGACCAACAAAUGAUUACUCUAGACCUAUUUCCUAUUGACCCUCAACCACCCAGGAAAAGUCAAAGUCCCUCAUCUACCCCAGGCCAAGGCAGACAAGCAACAUUAAGGAAAAGACGAACCCCAGCCACAGGAACCACACAAGAAGACCACAAAAAGAAGAAAAGCAAAAGUUGCAAAUGCAGUCGACAGAAAAUCUAUCCAUAUGAUAAAAUAUUGGAAAAGAGGAUAAAUGAGGGGACAGCAGCAGAAGUCAAAGUGCGCUGGCUGCCUUGCUCUUCCUGUGGCAGAGUCUGGGAGGACACCUGGGAGCCGGCCAGCAGAUUCACCUGAUGACCUAUAAUGUUC